GUGCUGAAAUGAACAACAGAUAUCACCGAGCAGCACGAGACGGUCAUGUGACCCUACUGAAGGAGGCCAGCAGGAAAGAGCUGAACACUGAGGAUGAAGAUGGGAUGAGUCCGGUGCUGUGGGCGGCUCACCACGGCAACCUGGAGGCUCUGAGAGUGAUGCUGGGGCGAGGAGGCGACCCGGAUAAGUGUGAUAUCUGGGGAAACUCUCCUCUUCACCUGGCCGCAGCCAACGGCCACCUUGACUGCCUUUCAUUCCUCGUCUCAUUCGGUGCAAACGUGUGGUGUCUUGAUAACGACUUCCACACCCCCCUGGACCUGGCCGCCGUGCGAGGACACAUGGAUGCCGUACGGUAUCUGGACUCGGUCGCUGCCAAGCAGAGCGCUCUUAACCCCAAACUGGUGAGGAAGCUGAAGCAGCGAGCGUUCUGUAAUGCAGAGCAGCGCAUUAAACACUGUGCUGAACUGCAGCACCAGAACCAGCGACGCAUGGAGAAAAAAUUCCUGAAGGAGACCGUGGGUUCGGCCGCAGCCGGGUCUGUGAGGUUCUCCAUCAGCGACGGACACAAAAUCCCACAAUUCAACACUGUUACCUCCGGCAUCACCUACACACAGGCCACAUUAAACUCCAUGCCAAAAUCUAAGACAAAGAUCCCAAAGUGUCUGGAGAAAAAGAAGAAGAAGAAGAAGCAGGCUGAUGGCACCUUUAAGAUCUCUGAAGAUGGAAGGAAAAGUGUGCGCUCUCUAUCUGGGCUUCAGCUGGGGAACGAUGUGUUGUUCCUAAAGCAGGAGACAUACAUAAAUCCUCGUCACAGACUUCAUGUUCGGAACAUGUUCCCUCAAAACCCAAAUGAUGGCAAUGAUGAUGAUGAUGAUGUAGUUGUGGUUUCACAUGCAGUAAGUGAUCCAGGUUUAUACAAUGAGCCAGGAGAGGACUCUCUGUUCUCCCGCCCUGGGCUCGGGACACUCGUUUUCCGGAGGAAUUACAGCAGUGAUGGAGUUCAGGAAGUUGAUGCUUUUGGUGUAGAAGGUGAGGAGUUGUGGAGAAAAGAGAAUUCUUACUUCAGUGAGUGUGAGCGUGUACGUCUCAGACAUUCCAGUCUGUGUCAGGACACCUGCAGCAGCUCUGCAAGACUUCAAGACAGAUACUCAAAGGCGUUUCUGUGGGACUGCGAUGAUGAUGAAGAUGAUGGUGAUUAUGAAGUAGAGUAUGAUGACCUGCAUCCUUGCUCCUCCCCUCUGGAGGUGUUCUUGUUGUCUCAGGGUCUAGAGGAGUUCCUGUCCCUGUUCAUGAAAGAGCAAAUGGAUUUGGAAGCUCUGAUGCUGUGCUCGGAGCCUAACUUGGUCAUCAUCAAUGUUCCACUAGGACCCAGGAAAAAGCUUCUGGAAGCCUGCAGUCGUCGCACACACACUCUGCAGCGAGCCAGGGCCAUGUGUGAUACUCAGCUCUAAGAAUGUGUGAACUUAAGUGGUGCCUACAACAGUUUAAGAGUUCCUUUAUGUGAAUUAUUCAUAUUUAUGUUUGUUUUAUAUGGAUAUAUAUUAGACACAGUCGGGUUUGUAGAAAAUGAUCAUUUGAAACAUGUUAAAAAACUUGUGCGUGACAAUGUGUAUUGAAGAACAGGUAGAUGUUGAGACAGUAUUCGUCCAUUAAGUGUGUUAUAAAUGUUGUGAUGUCUAUUAAUUGUAUUUUGCUAGAGCUUGUUCUAACGCUGUAAUAUACUGUAGUGAUUUAACAUCAGCUGAUUUUGGUCCAUCUACCUCUCAAGCAUGAUCCUUCCAUCCUCUACCACUCUAUCCUCUACCACUGCUCCACUGAUCCCUCCAUCUUGCAUUCUUUUUUUUUAAGUUAAAGUAAAGUACUGAAGUUUUGGCUCUGGCAUGUACUUA